AUGGCCCCCAAUCCCGAGCAUUCAGAACCCUCCCCAGCCCUAAGGCCAAAACUGCACAACCCUGACCCCCGCGCCACUUACUAUCCCUCAGGCGCUCUCGCAGCCUGUGAUCCACCCGUGACACACCCCUUGAGAGUGUGCACAUAUAAACGUUGCGACCUCUGUCGUCUGCGACGAUGGGGAUGUGUCCGACCGAGUUUAAUCAGUCCUGGCCCUUGCUCUGCGUGCCAUCAGGCAGGGGUUGAGUGUGUCUAUGGUGAUAUCCCCGCUGCGACACCCAGCAUGACAGAUCCUCCCCCCCUGAGGUCGUGUGAUCGCUGUCGUGGGAAAAAGGUGCGUUGCGUACGCAGAGAACUCUUCAAUCCGGAACCCUGCUCUUCUUGUAUCCGGGAAGGUGUGCCGUGUGUUACGACACAGCAAGUGAAGCCCCCUCGGCGGUGUCGUAAAAAGGGUAAGGUGGAAGAGUCGAAUGGAGAUGGGUUGGUUGCUUUGGCUCGGGAUGCUUGUGACUGUAUGGAAGAUGCUUGAGUGUGAGGGCUGGUUGGGAGAUGGAUAUAGACGGAGGAAGGAGGUUUAUCUUUCUCUUG